UACGUCUUCAUCGUCAGAGGAGUCUGGAGCAGCUUCACCAUUAGCUCCAGGGGCUUCAGCUCCCGCGCCUCCAGCUCCUCAGCAAGGGGCGGAGGACAGGACACUGAGAGAGGCUGUGCAGUUAUUGACCACUCUGGUAGCGGGACAGGCUCGCAGACGCGGGCGGAGAGAUGAUGAUGAUGACGAUAGGCGUGACAGCCUGAGGGUUCGAGAGUUUCUAUUAUGUGGCCCUCCAGAGUUUUACGGGUCUAAGCCCGACGAGGACCCCCAUGACUUUAUUCGGGGGAUGCGGCGCUCACUAGAUUUGGUCAGGGCUUCAGAGACUGAGUCUGUUGAGUUGGCUUCGCAUAGACUACGGGAUGUUGCUGCUCACUGGUAUGAGUCCUGGGAGCUAUCCAGGGGUGACGGUGCUACCCCAGCUACUUGGGACGAGUUCGUGACUGCUUUCACUCACCACUUUUUGCCCCCAGAGUUACGGCGGGCGCGGGUUGACCGAUUUUUGCAUCUGCAGCAGAGGGGUCGGAGCGUCCGUGAGUAUAAUAUGGAGUUUGAUUCUUUGGCCCGGUAUGCACCUGCCAUAGUAGCAGAUAUGGCCGAUCGGAUGCACAGAUACGUGAUGGGGUUAGACCGCUAUUUGAUUGAUGACUGUAUGGCGGUGGCAUUGCAGACAGACAUGGAUAUUGCCCGACUACAGGCUUAUGCCCUGGGUAUGGAGGACCGACAUAGAGCUGAUUAUUCUAGCAGAGAUCGGGACAGGAGGCCGCCCAAGAGGGCCAGAUUCGCAGUUUAUUCUGGAAAUUCUCGAGGCGGACAGCCUCAGCAGCAGCAGUCAGGCAGACAUCCUCCUCCGUCAGGCCGGGGUACACCCCCACAGUUUACCGGCAGGAGAUCUGAGGGUGUCGGAUAUUCAGGGGCAGGCCCGAGCUCCAGGGCUUCAGGUUCACAGUUGAACAGAGGUUCCAGCAGUCAGAUGAGGCCACCCAGAACUUUGUGUUCCUACUGUGGGAGACAGCACCCGGGAGAGUGUUUCCGAGCUACGGGUGCAUGCUUUGUGUGCGGCCGUCAGGGCCAUCAGAUGAGAGACUGUCCGGCUAGAGGUGGUACAGGCAGUUCAGCUCAGUCUACCGGGUCAGCCGGUGGUUCAUCUUCAGCCUCAGUGGCGAUGCGCCCUGCGGGGCAAGGUACUCCAGCACCAGCAAGCCGCGGCAGGGGUCGUGGCGGAGCUUCGGGUUCUAGCGGUCCUUCGAACCGCAUUUAUGCCUUAGCCAGCAGACAGGACCAGGAGGCUUCGCCUAAUGUCGUCACAGGUACAGACGCACAGCUUGGUGAUCCACCUGUUUAGGACACCCCCUUCUGCUAUUCGGAGUGCUCCUCUCAUCCCGGAGCUUAUAUUUUUGGUAUAUAUACUUGUUAGUGCAUUUAUACAUAUUCGUUCAUGGGUACGGCGGGGCCCUGUCCUGUCAUAUGAUUCUGUCGGUCUGUUUAGAGGUCUGUGGACAUGUUUGUGGGUUAGGGUCUUUCUGUAUGAAUGUAUGUACAUGUCGUUUGGGCGAUCCCAUACGCCGAGGCGGCCGGUCCGCA